UAUUGAAGUUAGAGAAUAGACCAAAUUCUGUUGCUUAUGUAUAAAUAUGCGUCUUGUCACGACCUGGAGAAAAAUCACUCUGGCUGAUUACUCCAUCUUGUCAUCUUUGGUUUCCAUCAGCAAGACAGUUCCUCUCAAGUGUCUUGUCAAGGAAAUCAACAAGACACAGAAAAGAAAACCGAACAAACCAAAGAUAUACACACAUAACAACAUACCCGCAAUAGGACAAGCCUAUACCCUCCAUCAACAUGGAUGGUAUGAACAUCUUCGACGGACUCGAGCUACUGGCCUUCCUUGCUGAACAAUCUUCUUUCGGAGGUCCUGAUGUUGACCGUAUCACUAUCGGGAGGUGGCAACACCUCUUCGGUUACACGCACGAUGAGGCGGUACUAAGAAUCCAUCAACAUAGAACCGACUUUACCGACGGUACUCGUAUGAGAGUCACGGAAUCGCACUGGCGGAAGGUUCGCGCCAAGAAGGAAGUGGCUGGUCACGACUGGGAGUCGUUUGAACACGAAUGUAACGUGAGGGCACGUACUGCUGGUCCCUCAUCUCAAAGGUUUCCGAAAAAGAAAGAGAAGCCCAUCGAUCCAGACGUUACUUAUUUCCUCAAGAUCGAAUGGCCGUUUACAAGCGUGGAGCAGGUUCAAGAAGUCGCUGGUCUUAGCAAGCCUCCCCUACGGCUCGAUGGUAAUGAUGACGAGGGAGAACCCACUACUUUUUGUGGGAUCGACGAUGCUGCUAAGGAUAAGGUCCUUGCUUGGCUUGAACGACGGGGUUACUUCUUUGAACCUAUGUUGAUUCCCUACUCACUGGCGAAGAAGAAUUUAUCAUCGACUUCGGUGUACCCAACCCUAGGCGUCGACACAACCCUACCGCAACACCGCUUGAACUCUCUCGACGAUCCUAAAUUGAGCCCUGCGCAAGACCAACACCCUGUGUGGUACUUCUUCUACGAUGAUCUAGCCGACCGAACCGUUCUCUCAAAACUUCUUGAUAUCCAGUUCGUACUAUUCAACAAUGCUAGCGUAACGGGUGGCACUUUAAAGACGGGGGUUGGCGAAAACAAAGUCUUGGUAGACUCUCCAAACAGCAACGAAAAGGUGUCAGGUCAAGCAUACCUUGCCUUUACCAAGGACGAAGAGGAAUGUAUCCGACUAUACAAAACGGCCAAGUACGAGAUUGUUCGAUGCGAGAUUCAAAUCGAAGGCAUAGGUACAAAGCAAGGACUUACCUUUCGAUAUGUCGGAGAAGUUGACCCAUGAGACUUCUUUUCGUUCUUAUUGAAUAACCAAUAACCAGCACUAUGCCACAAGUUGCGGCUUUUCCGAUGAUACAACAUAUACACUCACGUAUCGUGUGGUUCCCACAUGUAUACAUUUCUUGCGAUAUUAAUUCUGAAGUUUGGCUAAGGUGAUAACAUUCUGGAAACGGACCGGCGCAGGAUUCAUUUCAAGGAGGAAAUAAGAAUUUAUUCGUCAAGUUUCUGUAAGAUAAGGCGAUGGGUUUGGAUCGUUCUAAUAAUGGGAGGGAAACCGAGAUAGAUUGACCUUUAAACGGAUUGUUGGUGUUGUCUCCCGUUGAGGAUAUUUCAUUUGUACUUUAUAUACUAUAAUUUAGAACCUAAUACAUAAUAGUAAAUUCAAGAUGGCCUUAUGAAUAAUAUUUCAUCCCUUUGUGAAAAAGAAGACUGUCAUGGUGGAGGUUG